AUGGAAGAAAGGGCUAACGAUAGCGAAAUCAUUGAGUUGCUCAAAGGCAUUCCGAACUUCUAUGCAUUGAUGGAUUUCAAGAAAUUCAUACAUAGCGAAAAUGAUAAUAUUCAGAAAGUUUUGAAGCAUUACGAGGAGUUCGAACAGUCGACGCUGAAAGAUAUAACGAUUACUGAGUCGGCUUAUAAAGAAUUUCUACAAAAAAAGACUCCGUGGAUAGAUGAAGGCUAUUUUGACUCUUUCGUGGACAGCCAUCAAUUUCAGUUGCGUCUCGCAAAUCUUAAGCUGUAUUACGCUCAUCGACGACAGAAGUUGCUAAAUGAUCUGCCCAGAGAUACGAACGUCAUUGGCAAAUUUAGGGCGCUGAGAAAGUUUGAUUCGCAACUCCGCAAGCUCAAAAAAAACAUGAAAUCCGAUUUGAAAAAUAUCGAUGGAGAAGAAGAUAACCUCAUGAAAGACUGGGACAGAGUAGUAUUGAAGCUGUCGGAGUGA